AUGGAGACAUCGUCCGUGUAUCUCCGGGAACUGUAUCAUUUACCAGUGCUGAAGCAUGGCAAGCCAUUAGAUAUCUAUGGCCAGCGUCACGGGAAGAAACCGAUCCCGAAGGAUCCGGAUUUUUACAGUGGAAGCAGUGAUGGAAUUGCGGAGAUCCUCUUAGCGGCCAACGAUGUGGAUCACUCGAGAAUCAGGCGUCUGAUGAGCCAUGCCUUCUCAGAGUCUGCUCUCCGUGAGCAAGAGCCUAUUCUGAAUUCUUACUUCGAUCUGUUAAUUCAGAAGCUCCAUGAGAAAGUCAGUGGAUCUGAGAACGGCAAAGUAAAUAUGGUUCACUGGUUUAAUUUCACUACAUUCGACCUGAUUGGCGACUUGGCUUUUGGAGAACCUUUCGAUGUCUUAAAGUCUGAAGAAUACAACUUUUGGAUCGCCAACGUUUUUCAGUUUAUCAAAUUCAUAGGGCUUCAGCAAAUCUUACACGACUACCCGAUAUUGGAUAUACCCAUGUUGGCUAUUAUGACGCUGUUCUCUCGCUUCAGAACGGCAGAAGAAAAGCAUCGGCGAUACACUGAAGAGAAAGCAUCCCGACGCCUGGACACUCAAACUAACCGACGAGACUACAUGUGGUCCUACUUGCCCAUCUCUCUCUAUAUCCUCCGCCACAAUGACGAGAAGGGAAUGAGCCGAGCAGAAAUCAUCAAGGCAUCGGGUACAUUGAUCAUAGCCGGCAGCGAAACAACCGCUACCCUGCUAAGCGGCGCCCUGUAUUAUCUCCUCAAAACCCCGUCCUCACUGUCAAAACUUACUACCGAACUCCGCACUUCUUUCCCAGACCCCGCAGAUAUGAAUUUCGUCAAUCUCGCAAGGCUCUCGUAUCUCAAUGCUUGCCUCCAAGAAGGUUUGCGUUUAUACCCCCCCGUUCCUGGUAUCUUGCCACGGAAAACGCAACCCGGAGGUGCAGUCAUAAAUGGACAUCACAUCCCCGAAAACGUCUCCGUCGGCAUGUCCCACUUUGCCACCUACCAUUCGGCAUCCAACUUCACGGACCCGGAAACGUUCGCCCCCGAGCGCUGGCUUGACGAUCGACAUUUUGCGUCAGACAAACGAAGUGCGCUGCAGCCAUUUUCUGUUGGCCCCAGAAAUUGUAUCGGUCAGCAUCUUGCAAUGGCGGAGAUGAGGGCUAUUCUGGCGCGGAUACUGUGGCACUUUGACAUUAGCUUAUGCGAGGAGAGCGCGCGAUGGAACGAGCAGAAAGUUUUCAUAUUUUGGGACAAGCCGGACUUGAUGGUCACACUGAAGGAAAGAAAGAACUGA